AUGAAGUGCCGAAUCCCCAUCGAAGAAAGACACUUCAUCCAAAUGGCUCAGGCUGCCCUCAAAAUUUCUCUGAGGAAAAGAUUUGAUGGGAUGCUGUUUGGAGAUCUGGCAGAACUGGCAGAUAAAGCGGCCAAGUACGAGGAAUUGCUCAGAGAGGAACAGCAGAAGAGAAACUCUUCCAAAGGCACGUAUUAUAAAUCCCCUUCUUCCUCAAUACAUAUGAUUGAAGUGGAGUCAGAAGAAGAUGCGGAGGAAUCAGAGGAGAGAGAGGUUGCAGUUGCGGAAAUGGCAAAAUUAAAGCAUCCCAUCAGUUGUAAAACUCUUACAAAGCCUCCAAGGGAUCAGAAGCCGCCACCAUUCACAGGAGGGUUUGUUCCAAACAAACCCAUGCAGAACAAAGUGUAUUCCUUCGAUCUGACCAAAGUAGAUGCCUUGUUUGAUGAAAUGUUGCUACAGAAAGCAAUAGAGACGCCUCACAGAAUGCCCAAACCAGAAGAACUCAAGGGCAGACAGUAUUGCAGAUGGCACAAUUCUUGGAAUCAUUCUACCAAUAGUUGUGUUGUUUUCAGAGAUGUCAUACAGGAAGGGAUAACAGCAGGAAGGCUGAAGCUAGCAGAAAAACCUCCAUCCGUCACCACAGAUCCUUUUCCCCUGCCACAAGUUAACAUGGUCAACCUAAAUUGGCCAGAACAAAAGAAGGACAGACCAGCUAUAGAGGCUGGCUCCAGUAGAAGCAGAAUAGUUUCAAAAGAGACUAUGGAAAGACCAAAAGCAACCAUUUCAGCUGGAAUAGUGCUCUGCAGCAGGUGCAAGUGUGAGGCUGAGCUGGAAGUAGUCCUGGAAAAACAGGAGCUGCCCACUCCAAGUGUUUUUGACCGGAUCGGAACCACGCCCCAUGAUAGGGCCAGACAGAGAAACUACCCUAGGCCUGUCCAAUCCAGCAGAAGAAUGACUAAGCAGCCCAAGGAGGAAAUAUCAAUAAAAGUGCCCGGAAGUGAUAAACCUUUGGCGGCCAUCAUUGAAGGCAGGUGGUAUUCUGUCGGGAAGAAUGGCAGACCAACAAUGGAGCUAACAAGAACCCAAAGGAGGAGGGUUCAGAGACAGUACUGCACAUUCCUCAAUAACGAGAAAAACGCACAGGUGCUUCCAGAGGCCAAUUCUGCCAAAAAAGGGAAAGAGCCAGAAAUACUUCCCCAGACAGAACAAGCAAUCUCUCAACCACAGAAGUUGACGAAAGCAGAAUCCUCAGAGAAACCUUCUAUCCAUCCUGCCUCCGCCUCAGAAGAUCUACUUAAAACUCCCCAACCAGAGGAAAGAACCGAUCCUGUUCCAGGAGAAGGACAAGAAGACUGGGUUGAGGAAUAUGAAGAGGAGCAGCUGGAUUAUGAACCAUCUACAGAUGACCAGAAUGCGCUCCUCGAAACAGAAGAACUGGGAGAAUGGACGGAGGAAUAUGAUGGAGAACAAAUGGAUUAUGACGGAGAGUUGGAUGCGGAAACUGAGGCCUUUGGUGCAGAAUUGGAGGACUUGUUACGUGCUGACCUAGGCAUCAAUAUGGUGUUCAUUCUGCCAGAAAAGUUCUGGGCGGUAGAAGGACAGAAGAGCACUCUGGACGGAGACGUAUUUUCCCAAGAAAGUUUUGAACGCAGGUUGGCAGAAGCGGAAGAAAUGCCAGAACAGCAAACAGGCAAUCCCAGGACAGAAGGAGCAACCCACAAGCUGGCUACAGGUCAGCUUUGCUUCUCCAAACCAACCAAAGAAAUGGAAAACCACCUCAGACCCUUGUUUAUAACAGCAAACUUUGGGGGUGUUCCUAUCCCCAAAACUAUGGUAGAUGGAGGUGCAGCCAUCAACCUUCUGCCUCACAAGAUGCUGAGCAAAAUGGGCAGAACAGAAAAGGAUUUAAUUCCAACCCGCCUGACCGUCACCAAUUUCGCAGGAGGCAUCACCAAAACCCUUGGGAUCCUGGAUGUGGAUGUUUUGGUGGGAAGCAAGAAGCUGAAGGUUGCAUUCUUUGUGGUAGAUACUACCUCUACCACUUACAAUGCACUGCUUGGCAGAGACUGGAUUCAUCAGAGUCUAUGUGUUCCUUCCACUCUUCAUCAACAGUUAGCUUUAUGGAACGAAGAAGGCCACAUGGAGAUAAUAGAGGCCGAUCCACGGCCAUUCCUACCUUCUGCCAUGUGUUGUGAGGCAAGGUACUAUCAUGAUGACCUUGGUCCUUUCACCUUCUUUGGAGUCAACCAGAACGGCCGCCCCCAUGGUGUCACGUCCCAGAGGCUCAUUGAAGAAGGUCUAACCAAUUCUUUGGAGGAUUGGAACAGACCUUUUGUUCUAAAUUUCCAAAGCGCUGAUGUUUAG